AUGAAGUUGACCUCCAUCUUGAGCGCAGCGCUGCUGCUCGUCGCCUCAACCGUCGCACCCGCCACUGCCGACCCUUCAUCCAUCAAGGGACCCUCGGCGACCGGCCGGCGCAUCCUCGUCGUCCUGGACCAGCCCCAGACCCACUACUCUUCCUUCUUUGACCAGCUCACCUCGCGCGGCUACAAGCUCAGCUUCCGCGCCCCAAAGCAGCUCAAGCCCCAGCUCGUCGAGCACGACGUCAAGGCCUACGACCACCUCAUCCUCCUCACCCCUUCGGCAAAGUCUCUCUCCCCGGACCUCUCGCCCCAAAACGUCGUCAGCUACCUCAAGGACGGCGGCAACGUCCUCUUUGGCCUCGACUCGGACGUCUCGGAGCUCUUCCGCGACCUCUCGCGCGAGUUUUCCGUCGAGCUCGACGAGAGGGGGUCCGCUCUCGUCGACCACUUUGGCUUCGACCGCCGGCUCGAUGCGGGUAAUCACACCACCGUGCUCCUCGGACCGGCGCGGAGCCAGCACCUGCCGAACAGCGUCGACCUCCCCGCCGGCGGCAUCGUUCCCAACUCGGCCGUCUUCUCCCAGCAGACCCUCGACCUGGCCCGCACCCAGCCGAUCCUCUACCGCGGCGUCGCCCACCGCCUCGGCGCCAACCCGCUGGCCUUCCCGCUCCUCGUCCCCUCGGCAACCUCGUACUCGUCCGAGGUGCCCGAGCUGGUCAAGGACGUCGACACCCCGAGAUCCACCACGUCCUACUCGCAGCCCCCGCUCGUCACCAGCACCGCCACGAGGACCGUCGACGGCGAGGAAGAGACUUACGAGACGGUCUCGACGCCUAGCCCCGUGCCCACCGUGGUCGCCGUGCCCUCGAAGAAGGACAAGAACGGCUGGACCGCCAAGGGCCGCGCCAGCCUCGAGGCGCUGGACCAGAAGAACGAGCUGGUCGCCGGCAUCGCCAGGUCGCCCAGCGACACCGUCUCGCUCGUGUCUGGCUUCCAGCUGCGCGACAACUCGGCGCGCGUCGUCUUCCUCGGCAGCACCGACCUGCUGAGCGACGCCUUUGUCUCUCCGGGCUUCGACACGCUCAACGCGCGCGUCGCCGAGGACCUGACGCAGUGGCUCUUCCAGGAAAAGUCGGUGCUCAAGGUGCAGGCGUCGCACCACCGGCGCGUCAAGACCGACGACGCCGACGCGAGGCAGGACUACGAGGAGACCGACGAGGGCAACAAGAUCUACCGCGUAAAGGACCACGUCAGCUACACGCUCGACCUGUCGGCCUGGGACGCCGAGCGCGGCUGGGUGCCCGCCCCUACGGAGCUGCCGCUGCAGGUGACGUUCAAGAUGCUGGACCCGUACAUCACGACUGACCUCGUCGCCCUCGAUGCCUCGCACAACGUCACCGACCUCGCCUCGUCGCCCGUCUCGACGCGGUUCGGCGCCACGUUCCAGGUGCCGGACCGGCACGGCGUCUUUUCCUUUGUCGUCGACUUCAAGCGCCACGGCUGGACGUUUGUGCUGCACAAGGACACGGCGCCCGUCCGGCCUUUUAACCACGACGAGUACCCGCGCUUCCUCAGCAGCAGCUGGCCCUACAUUGCCGGCUCGUUUAGCACCGUGGCCGGCUUCAUCCUCUUUACCUGGCUUUGGAUGACGGUCAGCGACGACGACGACCGCGACGAGGCCAGCAAGUCGUCGGCCAAGAAGGUGCAGUGA